AGCUGCUGUGAAGUGUCGUGCGGACGCUGGUUACUAUGGUCUAAACGUUCUGUGUGUGAAGUUCGACAGUCGGUGACGGGAGCUCUUUUCGUCUUUUAUUCCAUUUCGAUAGUUUAAAAAAAUGGACAACUCGGGAACCGGCGGAGGUUUGCGGGCCGGCUUCGGUCUUUUCGGUGGCGGUGGUGCGGGAGCAGCAGGGAGCUCAGUAGCUGAUUAUUCUCAGCCCGACCUUUCCCGUGUCCCUUUGACUGGGAUGAGCCCUUUGUCUCCAUAUUUGAACCUUGAUCCUAGAUAUCUGGUCCAGGAUACUGAUGAAUUUAUAUUACCAACAGGAGCAAAUAAGACAAGAGGAAGAUUUGAGCUGGCAUUUUUUACAAUUGGCGGCUGCUGUAUGACUGGUGCUGCUAUCGGUGCAGUAAAUGGCUUGCGUCUGGGCUUGAAGGAAACUCGGGAUAUGGCAUGGUCAAAACCUAGAAAUGUUCAAAUCCUGAACAUGGUCACACGGCAAGGAGCUUUGUGGGCCAACACGUUGGGCUCCUUGGCUCUCUUGUACAGCACAUUUGGUGUUGUGAUUGAAAAGGUUCGAGGUGCAGAGGAUGACCUGAAUACAGUGGCAGCGGGGACCUUAACUGGCUUACUAUACAAAUCUACAGCUGGACUUCGUGGAGCUGCACGGGGAGGAUUUAUCGGCUUCACUCUGACUGGACUCUAUGCUCUCUAUAACAACUGGGACCAUAUAAAGGGUGUAUCUGUGCGACAUUCCCUCUGAGACUGCACUAUGGGAAUUCUGUGGGAAGAGCCAAGAUAGACAUCUGAAUAGGAAAUAAGUACAGUAAAUGACUUGAUCUUUUAAAAAAAUAUGCAUUAAAUGCCACUUUAUCCUUUUUUUUUGAGAUUUGACAUGGAAGGCACUCACAUUGUGAGUGAAUUGUAUUGUUCUUUUGGUUAAUUGGUCCCAGUCUUACCGUGACACUGAGGCGAGCAGAGUCUGCAGAAGUAACAAACUCCCUCAGGCAUAGCUCUCAGAUUGGCAGCAAUCCCAAAUAGAAUGGAUCAAAGUAGAAUAACUUUUGGGUCAUGAGCAGUGGGAUAAUUUAUUAACUAAUCAAACCCUCCAUCAGCAGAAACUGCAGACUGCACUAGUGUUGAGUAGUGAUACAAUCAGACAUUGGAUCAGAACCUCCACACCUGGGGUAUCUUCAGGCUAUUUCAUUAUGUUCCUCUUAACUGUUCUCAAUAUCCAGCUUUGUAAUAAUGUCCAAACUCAUGUUAUUGAGGUACCUUUUUCUUAAUGGGUAUCUCAGCUUCUGCAGUGGGACAGAGUAUAAUCAUCCCAUCUGACAACAUUCAUACCUUUACUCAGUGUGUCUGACCUAAGAGCAGCAACCUUGUGGAUUUGCGCUGAUUGUUCACUAACUGUUCUGCUGAUUCCCCAAAAAGCAAAUUAGAUUUUUAUUCAAGUGAUUUAACAUACUUAUGGCAAGACAGCUGAUCAGAUGGUUUUCUCUCACUUCCUGUAUUGUGCAGCACACUCUGAAAAUGGAUUAGCUAAAUUCCUUACUUUAUUAUGCAGCCCAACUUUGCCCAAGUUGUGCCUAGUUUAAAAAAAAAAGUUCCAUGCGCAUAAAUUUUUUUGUGGGAAUGUCGAGGUGACGUGCUGGUCCCCACCUUCUGGUCUAAUUUGCAAUCGCUUCAGAUUCAACAAUUUUGUCCCAACAAAGCAAACCACAUACCAUUUGUUAUAUUGAUAUACUUCCCAUGCAAUAAAGCUAUAUAAAUACUUGCUAAUUAUGUACAUGGACAUGCUUUGGAAAAAUCUUAGAGCAAUAGUUGUGAAGAAAAUAAAAUUGUAGCCUGAAAUGGAAUGGGAAAACUAAGGUGCCUGAAAAUAAAGUUGUUCAGAAUGAGUAUCAAAGAGGGAAGCUUGUCAUCGAUCUGUUAAUCACUUGUAAAAUGUUGGAGAAAUCCAGGAAAAGGGCCAUAGGGACUCUGCUGGAAAAAUAACUUGUGAACUGUUCCUCUAUUACCUGAGUUAUUUGGGUUGAAGCCACCACCCUUUUAACUGUUCUAUUGUAUUUUUUUAAACAAAUGUAUUCUAUUGGAGGAAUCUCGUCACAAACUGUAUGGCAAGCACAGAACAAAAUAAAGAAAAGCUAUUUAUUGUGUUAAUAAAUGAUGUUUAUUUUAUUUUUAACAUUUACACAAACGCUUGGAGCUUAAAGAACUAUUUAACUCAGUUUUAAUCAUGUAAAAGCGCCUUUUAAAUUGCUUUGAGAGUAUGGCAUAUGCAAAGACAAAACAUCGCAGUUUUUUUUUCCAGUAAUAAGGGAAUCAAGGUUUAAUACAGAAAUGUGAAGCCAAGGUAAAAGAUCUGUUAUGGUCUUAAGAAGUGGAACUGGGCAUAAAGGAUGUUUCUAUUGAGGUAGUUCCUUAAUCUUGCACUGUCUUCAAUUUCUUAUAACCAGAAGACUGCAGAAUUUCUUCUGAGAAUCUUUUUUUUACGCCCUCAGACUUCUUUAGCAUUCACCCACAAAUUCUGUGAAGACGAUUGCUAAUGUUUAAUAGACUUACUGCAGCAGAGUAUGCUGAGUCCUUGUUGAGCAAUCUGAUUUAGAUCUUCCUGCUCCAUUCCCUUGCAUAACUACUCAGCUCUCUUUCAAAAGAUUUUUUUCCCUCCAAGUCACCUUGACAUAUAAAGUUCCAUAUCAUUGCUUUCUAUAUGAAGCAGUUUCUCAUGUUCUAAUCUUAGCAAAAUAUUACACCUCCUUCCACAUCGUUAUGAGUGCUUAUAGACAAUAGAAAUGCUUUUGAAGCCCAAUGACUUAAAUUGACAUGGUAUACUGCAAAACACUGAUGUAAUGUAUCUGUGGGAUUGUGGAGCAUGUGAAGAUCUUGCAGUUGUCAGGUUAGCAUCUCGCUUUUACUAUGUCUGGUGGAUGUAGCCUUCUAUAUACUUUAUUGACCCAGAAUUGGUCUAGUGACAAAAUGAGGGAUAUUCAGAACCAUGCAAUGCAAUUCAAUUGUUGCUGCCACUGAUGGCUUGCAUACCUCAUGGAUGCUCAGUUUAUAACAGCCAGAUUUAUACCACAGCACAAAUGAAGUGACACAAUAAUGAAAGCUGCCCUUUGUAAAGAUGUCAUUGACCUCUCAAUUGUGGUAGUUAUUGAAGGAUUGAGCAGCAGUCCUACUAACCUGUCAGGGUUAAAUGUAUUUGCAACAACCACUAACAAGUUCAGCCCUCAUCUGCCAUUAGUAGAGUGUCUAGGAUCCAUAAGCACAGCCUUAGAAUAAACUGUCAGAAGAUAGUGAAUCUGGAAUUCAUAGCCAGAGAGCUGCAGAGGCUGUCAUUGGGUGCAUUUAAGGUAGAGAGUGAUAGGUUCUUGGUUGGUAAACAUUUCGGGGACAAGACAGGAGAAUGGGGUUGACAGAUUAAAAAAUCAGCCAUGAUUGAUAUCAGCUACAAGAGGCAGGGGUAAAACUGAGUAGUCAAAAUUGUGGGGAGAGUCAAGACCCUCACAAAUGGUGACAGGCACCCAGCAAAAACUUAAAAAAAAAGAAUGGAGCACUCGUGUUUAAAAUCACAUUUAACACCCCCGUCAGAUCCAAAGCAUAGCCCACUGGCAGAGGUUUCAUCUCGUACAAUAUCAUCUGAGCCUAGUUUAAAAUCGAUGUGUACAGUAUAUAAAAGGCAUGAAGGCGCGUAGUUUUGCUACAGCAUUUUAUUGAGAUGAUUAUACUUCAAAACAAAACCUAUAAAUAUGAUUGCUGAAGCAAUGUCAAGGUAUAUUUGCAAUAGAAAGGGAAGAAUAGAUGUAACUUAGUUUAGUGUAGUUUAUUUAUUUUGAUUACACAAAAGCAGUAAUGAAACUGAUUGCAACAGUUAAUACUAAAGUCCUGUGAGACCAGAAGGGCUUGCACAAUCCUGAAAGUCACCAAGUUUAAGGACUUGACAAUGCCCAGAUCUUUAUACAAUUUAAGCUGAAACACAAGGUGAGCAGAUGUGGGAAAAGGUAAAAGCAAAUGUUGAUCAUUAUAUUGAAAUUGGGAUGGAUUCUAUUCAAUUAAAAACUGAGUAAGUUUACAAAGCUGUACAGAGAACAUGCCCACUGAUGGCAAUUUUUUCACAAGGCCAGUUGUGUACACGUCCUCGAUGGCAAUCUGGUAUUUCCUAACCUGUUUUUAAAUUUCUUAAAUGGGUUUACAUUCCACCAGCCUGUGGCAAGGCAGCAGUAUUGUGUCUUCUGUCACCUGCCAGUCACUGCCAGGCCCACCCACUCUUUAGCCCUACAACAUAUUGACAGAUCCACCCAGAGCAUUUUUCAGCCCCAUUAUCAAGAGUCCUGACCUAAUCUUCAGGAUCAAACAGCACCUAGAAGAGACUGA